CUAUUUCUCAUCUGCAUCAGUAGAGAAUUCAGGUUCCUAUAUCAGGGUUGACACAGAACUACUGGAAACUCAUCCUCGUAUUCUAGAUCAAAUCCAGUUCAUGUUUUCUACGGUUUAAGUGGUAUUAUUACUCCUAGAGAAACAACUAUUCUUAACUAGGAACCAUGGAACAGAACCUGGAGUCGAGCCUAGUUAGUUUAGUGAACCUAGAUACACAGGUUCAAUCUUUCUUCUCCUUACUCUAACUUAAUCAUGGAGCAUUUACAAAACGGUUCGGUUCGGAGGAAGAGUAGAUCUAAUGUUCCGAACCCCCUGGAGUUAGGUCCAGGGAAAAGAUAUCCUAAACUACUCCUAGGAUUAUGCGUCCUAACCUUUAUAUUCAUGAUCAGCUGGAUAUCUUCUUUAUCAGUUAAACACAAGGGUCCUUUAGCCUAUGUUUGGCCAACUAAUCAAACCCGAGAUACAAGUGCAUAUAUUCAUCCUUCAACCAUAUCUACCAUUAUUCAACCUAAGAUCUGUAACAGUUCUGAUCCCACUUCAUUUCCAUAUCUUCUGAUAAUAGUGUGUAGUGGACUACAGAAUAUAGAUGCUAGAACUGCAAUUAGGGGUUCCUGGGGACUGGAGGCGAAUACGAUGAAGAACGUGAAGGUUGUGUUCCUGGUUGGACAAGGGGAGAACAGAACAUACCAGGAGGAGAUAGAACAAGAAGCUCGUCUUCAUCAGGAUAUUAUUCAGGAGGUAUUUCUUGACACCUACGCCAACCUUACUAUUAAGUCUGUGAUGUUAUUGAAGUGGUUUAACAAUACCUGUGAUAUUUCUGCAAAGUUAAGAACUGAAUAUGUUCUGAAGACAGAUGACGACAUGUACAUAAACGUCCGGAAACUGUACGAAUUAGCGCAGGCCAACCGGAAACCCAAUCUUCUAGUCGGCAGCUUAAUCUGUAAUGCAGUUCCUAUCAAGGACCCGCACAACAAGUGGUUCGUCCCAACCUAUAUGUUUAAGGAGAAGAAGUUUCCCAAUUAUCUGAGUGGAACAGGAUAUCUAAUGCAACGAGAAGUUGCGCGCAAACUUUACGCGGCAUCCUUGGAAACUCCACUUUUCCACCUAGAGGAUAUCUACCUCACGGGAAUACUUUCCAGGAGUAUAGGUGUGCGUCCUGAGGAUCAUAUAGGAUUCUCCUACUCUAAGAGAGCUCUGAAACCUUGUCUCUUCAAGCAGGUCAUCUCAUCCCACCAGGUCACACCCAACCAGUUGAUGACAAUGCAUGUGAAACUUCAGGAUAAAAGAUUGGAUAAGUGUGCUUUGCUCACGAAGAAGCAGUUAAGGAAUUACGGGCCAGUGAAAUGUGUCUGGCCGAAAUAAGGAACCUAAUUUUUUUUAUGAGUAUAUAGAAAAUAUCUAAAUAUUCUGAGCUUGGAAAAUAUCAAUGAUUGUUUCCCGGCUAAAUUUUGCAUCGUGUACUUAUACAAUCCUUAAAGAAAGUCAAAGAAGGCUCAAAACUUGUAAUUAGUAACGGUAUUGCGUCACAAAAUUGAUUCUGUAUCCUUGUCGCAAUUAUUACUGCGCCAUAUAUGUCAAUGAGUAUGAAUUGAGUAUUUUUUCCAUCUUUUCAAUUGCCAAGCGACCCCCACCCCCUUCUCUGGGAGAGAAAGUGUAAUUUUUGCCACAAAGUCGAAUUUUCCAAUGCCUUUAUCUUUGCAACCUAAUGGUGUAAACUUUUGAUAUUUCAAAAUUAGACUUUUUGAUCCAAGAGUUGCUACAUUAUCAAAAAUAUUUUCGUCUCAGCUCAACAAAAUCUUAUCAAUGUAUUGUGAUACUAAAUGAAAAUGAAUUCGUCAUUCUUUCAAGAGACUGACAAGAAAAAGUGACCCUUUAUUUAAUGAGUAUAUCAUUAACGAAUCACAACUGGCUUUUUAAGCCUUUGAAAAUCUGCAAAUUUACAGUUUUUAACUACGAACCUUCUUAUAUUCGAGG